GGUCCGAUUCAGUGUGGCCCAGGCUCGCCGUGUAAAGACAACAGCUGCUGCGGUCCAGAAGGCAAGUGUGGUUACAAAGAACAUAACUGUGGUGCCGGCUGCACGUCCAACUGCGACGCCAAAGCAAUGUGCGGUAUCGAUUCAGCUGAUGGCAAAACCCCUUGCGCUCUCAAGCUCUGCUGCAGCUACUACGGUUGGUGCGGGACCGAAGAUGUGCACUGCUACGAUCCCGAGCCGCAAUUCGGCAAAACGCCAUGCCAGCAAGGUUUUGGGUCGUGCCAGAAGUAUCCAUCUCCAUCAUGCAGUGGAAAUUCUGCGUCUACAGGCCGCAGAGUUGGAUAUUAUGCAGGCUGGAAUACCCGGGAGAGACUUUGCGACAAAGUCAGUCCAUCGCAGAUCAACACCAAGGGACUGACGCAUCUGUUUUACUCAUUCGUCUUUUUCGACCCAAGCAGUUUCAACAUCGUCCCGAUGAACGCGGCGGAUGUGGACUUAUACAGAGAGUUUACAAAGCUCGCGACAAACGGCCUGCAAACUUGGGUGGCGAUAGGAGGCUGGAGCUUUUCCGAUAAGGGGCCGUAUCGCACUGCUUGGAGCGAUAUGUGUGGUUCAGCUGCGAACCGCGCUGCGUUCAUCAAGUCGACAAUUGCCUUCAUGGAGCAAUAUGGCUUUCAGGGCGCGGAUCUCGACUGGGAAUAUCCCGAGGAAGUGAAUAGAGGUGGUCGACCAGGCGAUGCCGACAACCUGGUGCUGUUGGUCAAAGAGAUGCAAGCUGCGUUUGCUGGACGCUUUGGCCUGUCAUUGACACUAGCGCCCGACUACUGGUAUUUACGUGGCUUCAAACCGAAAGCUAUGGAGCCGUAUGUUGACUUCUUCGGCUUUAUGGCUUACGAUCUUCAUGGCCCAUGGGACACCGAUGUAAAGGCACUUGGUUCCAUUGUCCGCCCCCAGACCGACAUCACCGAAAUCUACCAAAACUUCAAGCCUCUCUGGUUCGACGGCGUCGAUCCAAAGAAAGUCAACAUGGGUCUCGCAUAUUACGGGCGCAGCUACAAACUCGCAGAUGCCUCCUGCAGCAAGAUGGGAUGUGCUUUCAAAGGCCCAGGCGCUGCCGGAGAAUGCACUGCCUUUGAAGGUGUCCUGUCGAAUCGCGAGAUUCAGUCAAUGAUCGAGAAGGAGGGGAUUACGCCAUACUUCAAUCAGACUGCCAUGGUCAAGUAUUUUACCUAUGCGGGUGAUAGUUGGGUCGGCUACGACGACGACGAAACGCUUACGCUCAAAGAAUUAUUCGCGAAUUCCUUGUGCCUCGGUGGGCUCAUGAUUUGGUCCAUUGAUUACGACGCACAGGCAGGCGCCCAGCUU